GGCUUAGUUUUAGGUUAUAUUUAUUUAAGUAUAAUAAAUUUAAUCUCUUAGAAAUGACGUCAUUUACUCUAAAUAAACUGUGCAUACUAACACAAAGGAUUCUUUUUGGUCAAGCACUUUCCUUUUUGAUCUCCUUGACGGGCCUUUGGUCAACCUUGCUAGUAGACAAUUCAGUAAGUUAUCCGAUUUUUCAAUCUUUAGUAUCAUAUCUUUAUAUCUUUCUGUUUUAUUUUCCAGUUUUUAUUUUCUUAAAAAUUAAAUACAGAAAUCAUAAGUUUUCAAACUUUUCAUUCCUUUAUAGGUGGUGGAAAUAUGCUAUCCUUGGCUUGAUUGAUUUAGAAGCAAAUUACUCUGUUAUUUCUGCAUACAAUUAUACAAAUCUAGCAUCAGUUCAGUUGUUAAAUUGUUUUACAUUACCAUGUGUCUUGGUUUUGAGUUAUUUUAUACUGCAUAUGAAGUUUUCUCUAACUCAUAUUUUUGGAUGUGUUAUUGCUAUUUGCGGUUUAGUUUUACUCGUUGUUUUGGAUGCUGAUGGUCGUUCUUAUACUGGUGGUGGGAGCAAUCAACUUAUUGGAGAUUUACUAUGCCUCUUAGGCUCCUUUUUAUACGCAUUAAAUAAUGUUAUUACAGAAUGGUUUAUUAAAGGGCCUAAAACACAUUCAUCAAAUUUGAAAGUGUCCCUACCUACAGCACCCCACUUAGAAUCCGAUCAAAAUCUGAAUGAUUUAGUACAUUCUCCUCAAGUGGUAGGAGACUCACAGAAUCAAGAUCCUACAGCUGAAAAUAUUGAUAAAGAACUUUCCAGUAUUCCUGUAUCUGUUCCUGUUGUCGAAUACCUUGCAAUGAUGUCCCUUUUCGCGUUAAUAUUCUCCAUCGUGCAAUUCUUUGCGGUUGAGUGGAAGGAUUUUAAGUCAAAUCGCCAUAAUUGGACCGGCAAUGACUAUAUAUAUCAGGUUAUGUUUGGCAUUACUAUGCUGUGUGUUUACACUGCAUUGCCCUUUCUUUUUCUAUUUACAAGCGCAGCAUUUGCAAAUCUUUCCCUUCUUAGUGCAGGGAUAUAUGCAAUUAUAUGGAAUAGUUCGGUGUUUCAUAUCUAUCCGACUGUGUAUUUCAUUCUUUCAUAUAUUAUUAUAUUCCUGGGAACUCUUCUGUAUAAUAUAACUGAUAUAUUUCACGUUUCUUUUUUUAGAAGGUGGAACUAUCCUUGUGGAAACGUGGCCACAUCUGAUAAGUAAAAUAAUCAUAAAGGCAACUAAGUGUGAUCACCUCUAUCAAUUUGGUAGAACGAGUAAAAUUGUCAUUUAAGCAAUAAUAA